GCCUCUCCAGCGCGCCUCUGUGGCUGCUUCAGGGUUCACUAUUACGGCUGAAGUCCUCUUGGUGACGCUCUGCUGACAUCACUCUGAUAUUCCCCCCCACUCCUCUCUCUCUCUGCUCCCAGCAGCAGCAGCAGACACACGGAGCUCCACAGACUCUCAACACACUCAGACUCUCCGUCCAACACACUUUAUUCCUCCAGUCUCGCUCCUCCUCAAACGCACACAGCUCCACUCCUCUCUACCUGUGCGCACUGCGGUCCAGCCCCUUUUCCUUUUCCUCCUGUCAGUCUCUCACACGGACAGGAAGACAGAGAGAGAAACUACCCGCGGUCCAGAUUGCAGAGAGAGAGAGAGACAGAGGGGAGAAAGAGAACUUGGCUCGUCUCAACCCAGGCGGUCUGAACUGAACCUGGAAGUUUUCUUGUCUGAUCGGAGAGAGAAGGAAUAAUCUGGAGCUGUUGUGGAUAUUUCCGUCCACCUCGUCUCCUGUUGUAGAAGAAGAAUGGCGAGAGAUUACGCACCGGUGUCUCCGGUGAGGACCGCUUCUUGGCUGGUGGUGACAGCAGCAGCAGUGAUUCUCCUCUCAGCUCAAGGUAUCGGGGCUCAGAAAGUGCGAGUGGACGAGGAGGUGGAGGCGUAUCCCACAGAGUCCGUUGAUCUCCGCUGCGAGUUCAACGAUGGAGGAGGCCGAACCAAACUCACACAGGUGUCUUGGAUAUGGGAACCCAUCGAUGGACAGAGGGACAACAUCGCUGUAUACCACCCUAUGUACGGACAGAGUUUCCCCAACCUGUCCUUCAAGGACCGAGUUGUCUUCCUCUACAACAGCCUGGAGAACCCGUCCAUUAAGAUUUCUAACCUUAAAAUGUCCGACGCCGGCCGGUACACCUGCGAGUACGCCACCUACCCUUCUGGAAACGAACAAGGAACGACCACCCUCGUCAUGCUCGCCAAGCCUAAGAACUCGGCCAACGUUGUGACCGUCCAGGCCGGCUCCAAGUCGGUGGUGGUGGCCCAGUGCGAGGCGGCGGACGGCAAACCGGCAGCCAACAUCAAGUGGCUGGCGUCGGUCGGGGGCAACCACUCGACCACAACCACGAACGGGCCGGACGGCACGGUGACGGUACGCAGCGAGUAUCGGCUGGUUCCCACGUCGGCGGACAACGGCAGGGAGGUGACCUGCAUGGUCGACCAGAAGACGCAGGAGCGGCCGUGGGCGUACCCUGUCAAGCUCUCGGUGGAAUACCCCCCCUCUGUAUCCAUAGAGGGCUACGACAACAACUGGUAUGUCGGCCGCUCAGACGCCACGCUGCUCUGCAUGGCCAACGGCAACCCGGCGCCCACCACCGUCACCUGGACCGCGGCGUCCGGUGCUCUGCCCGACACGGUGGUGGUGAGCGGCAACAAGUUGACGGUGAGGAAGGUGGACGACGCCGUCAACACCACUUUCAUCUGCGAGGUCAAGAACAAGCACGGGGCCAGCAGGCACCAGAUCACCACCAUCGUCAUCGAGGAGAAGAGACAGAUCACCCCGGGCCCGUCAUCAGGCGCCGUUAUCGGCGGCAUCCUCGGCGCCCUCGCCUUCAUUGGCAUCAUCAUCAGCAUCAUCUUUUACAUCCGCAAGCGCCAGGAGGACGGAGAGGGCCCCCCCAAGCACAAGCCCCCUCCCCCUGUGAAGGCAGGCAGCUCAACAGAGAUGCUGAACAAGCCGUCAGAGCCUCCCACUGCCACAGAGACGGCACCUCUCAGCCCAGGAGAGGUUUACUACGAGCCCACAGGGGGAGAGCCUGUCACGAACCUGGACGAUGAGACCACCGGAGCCCUGAACGGCGGCGCACCCCCGGUCCUGGACGACUCGGCCAAAUACGACAAAAUCAACGAGCUCAAAGACCACGCCGCCGACGGUCACCGCGGCAACGACUUGGAUUCAUCCAAUCACGAGCCACCGGCUGCCAACAUCUCUCGCGGCGAGAGCUUCGUAUCUCCCGCCAUGUAUGUGUAGCCGUGUGCAACCAGAGCACACCACAUCUCUGGAUCGGGCGUACGGGCAAGUUUCCAGGUCACCUAAAAUUUGCAUGAAAAGCAAAGGCGAGCACACUUGUUUCCACACCUUCUAUUGUACAUGGAAAGUUUUUAACCUACACACAGUGACAUUUUGCAUCCAAGUUUAUUUUCUCUACCGGGCACAUUUAGUGGGUGUUAAUGGGUCAAAAUGUUUUUGCAUCUCCACAUGAAAACAGGAGUGAGGAGCAGUGUUUUCAUUUUUGGUGAAGCCACUUUGUCAAAUUUGAAAUGUUAGCAAUGGUAACAAACUUUUAUUUUCUGUAACUCUUGCGUGUCAUACAUAUUUUUAAUCAUCAUUACAUAUCAAAUAUCUGGUAAAAACACACAGUAGUUCAUGAUAUCUGAGAAGCCAGAUAACCAGUGAAAUCAUGUGCAUCGCAUACAAUGAGGCGGGCUUUUACAAUAUGUUAAUUACAUGGCUGAGAGGUGUUGCAAUGUAGGUGAACUGGAACACUCCCCUCAGCUAAUUAACGCACCACGCUCUUCCUGUGUCAUGCUUGCGGAUCUAAAUUUCAGCCAAAAAAAACAGCAGCAUUUCCAGUGGAUGCAGUAUGAAAUAUUAUAUGCAACAUUUUGUGCCAUGAACAUACAACACAUACACAUACAUAUUGUUUUAUGUGAAGCUGCCAGUCCUGGGCCUCUUCUGUUUACAGCCGUGGAAAGUGAUUUGAACAUUUUUAUCUCUCUAAGUAAGGAUAAAACAUCCGGCUCCUGUUGCAGCCUUGUACUACACAGAAAGUAAAAAAAGAAAAUACCAUCUUUGAAAUCCUUUCAAAAUACUCCUCUUCCACGGUUGGUUGGAUUUGAAUUACAUACCAGCUGAAUUUGUUCCCAGGAAGUCCAAAUCCUGCUGCUCUCCGAGCAGCUUCAAUUAAUCACUCAAGAUGUUUGAAAGUAUUUCAGUUAUUUACCGACUCCUACAGUACAAUAACUCUAAAAAACAAACAGCCUUUCCCACUCUUGCCCAGGCUACAGUCCAAUAAAGAAACAUUCCACUUUAUUAUGUUGUCAGAGAGCCUCGUGCUCGUUAGCGCUAACGAAGGGGAAGUGACAUCGUUUUGAAGCUCCGUAACCUGGCAACAUUACGUGAUUAAGAUUCCAUGAUUCAUAAUUGCAAAAGUUGGUGAGACUGUGUGUGUGUGUGUGUGUUGGGGAGAUGAAGCUCGGUUUACAGCAGAAGCACACACACACACACACACCACAGGGUUCUUACAUGUACACACACAUUCAGAAUCACCAAUGUUUGUAUUCAGUCCUCAUCUAAUAAAUCACACUAAUAAGGCUGAGAAAACAUUAUGAGGAAUGUAUUUUCAGAGUGUGAAAAUGCUCAGCAUGUAUUAGAAAAAUACUGCCAUUACAGCCAUUUUAUCAGAUUAAAAUGGUCACACACUCUGAUAUAUGCAGAACAUUUUACAUAAUGUAGAAAAUAUGCAUUUUGCAUUUUUAGCCGAUUGUCCACUUUAAAGCAAAAAAAAAAGAAAAAGAAAGAAAAAAAGGUGAGCGACAACUACUCCUGGCUGAAUCAAAAAUUGGUCUUCAUAGAUGUCAGAUGGUACCAAAUGAUGAACAAACAGUGUAAAUAGUAUUGCUAAUAUUGAUGAAUAAUAUAUUGUUGGUGAAAUGUGUACACAACAAAAAAUAAACAAGUGUAGGUGUUAUCAGUGCCUCUGUACAGGGGAUGGAAGUUUGUUAAAUGUCAAAUUGAGCGAUUUAAAAAAACAAAAAAAAAGUGUAUAUUACUAUUUUACUUUUCACAGGUACAUUGAGGUUGUCACUUAAUACUAAAAAUGUUUUAUUUGAAUAUAUUUAAAAAAAGAAAUGGUGUGGAUUUUACUCCUUGUUCAUAUUACUCUGCAUGGCAUGAUCGGUGGCUUGUUGAAACACUUUUCCAAAGGCUGUUUGCGGAAUAAUCUCCAUUUGUAAAAAAAAAAAAAAAACGUUUCUGAAUGUCAAAAAAAAGAAAGCUGUUUUCUUUUUUAUUAUUAUUAUUUGAUCUCAGUCUCAAUGCAUCUGUCACAUUCACGUACACCACGAGCACAAGUCCAAUUUAAGUUGAGAGAGCGGGAGUUUUCUUCUUUUGUCGUGUGACAGCUCGGCAGGCGUUCUGUUUUUGUCUUUAGCGCUGAUCCCAAAAAUGCAGUCAGCACGGAAUCGUCAUCUCUCGCGGCCACAGAGUGCAAUACACACCGAGACGCAGUCUUUCCUCUCCUUUCUGAUCUUGAGCUCUUGCUUGAGACCUUGCAGCACACAAAUCUUCCUGAGGUGUAACGUUGACAGUCGGACGAUAGGAUGUAGCUAACCACUCCAGAAUCCAACACCUUCUCAAUCCCAACUCAUUAAAAAUGGACGCUUGGUCAGGACGUCACUUUUAACGCACCGGGUACACCGUUAGCGUCAUAUUUCAAUGUGCAGGGUAGUACGAUAGAUUUCAACACAUGGUUAAUGCUACAUGACGUAAGUUAAGUAUGUUACGUACGUAUCGUAGCUUAAGAACGUUAUGUUACUACUUUGUUAGGUUUAGGCAACAAAACUGCUUGGUUAGGUUUUGGAAAGGAUCAUGGUUUAGUUUAAAAUAAGUGCGUUUGUUACGUAACUUAAGUUACGUAUGUAAGUUCAGUAUGUUACGUACGUGACAUGUAAGUUGUAUGUUACAUAAGUUAACUUACCUACGUAAAAUAAAAUAAGUCAACGUUGACUUAAGUUAAAUACUUACAAACUUACGUCAGUUACGUACGUACGUAUGUUACGUAACAAUAAGUCAGUGUUGACUUUUGGUUUCACCCAGGAGACAAGCAGCGGUCUCCUGGGUGAAAGUCCUGUGUUUGUUGGACCCAUCCAUUAACCCCGACCUCCUCCCUUCAGACUUUUUUUAGUCUUUGUACUACGUCACCUGACUACCUCCUUGACUCCCGUCAUGAUUACUAUGGCCACUAGAGGGAGCCCUGCACACGCAAAACUGACGCUACAGGUGGAGUGUCGUAGUUUUACGCGUAUUCGGGCCACUGACCAAGCUGCCGUAGCCUAUUUGGCGAGUUGGGAGUGAGAACGGGUUGUAAAAUCACCCAUAAAAGCACAUAGUCAGGUGGUGGAUACACUGCAGAUUUCUAAACAGUUUGUUAACAGGUAUAAAGUUGAUAGUUGGCAGAUGGAGAAAUAGAGGACUGAAAAGAAACAGCGCUUUCACGAGGUUGGCACAAAAUGCAAUAUUUUAUUUUUUCUGCCGUAUGACAAUCAUAUGUUAAUAUUGCUUUGGUGGCGAGGUGUUUUUUGUUUUUGUUUUUUAUAUAUUUGUAGUUAUAAUAGAAGUACCAUUUCCUGCUGUAUGCUAACUGAAAUACUGCUACACGUUCGAUCCAUCCUCAAAGAGACACAACUUUGUUUUACCAAUUUUAUUUUAUCCAUCAUAACAUAACUGAUUUAUUGUGUGGAAAUUGGUUGGUUAGUUUAGUUGCAUUAUUUGAUGUUCACUUAAGGAUUGAACCACAGUAUAGAUUCAGGACCGGUGCAGGAUAAACAGGGACUUCUAGGAUAACUAGCGGUGUGAACGUUUGCUUUUUGUGUCUGUUUAUUUUUGAUUAAAGGGAAUGUCUGCAUGCUGCAUGGAACAAUGGGAUAAAAGCUCCUAGUUUUCUGAGAAGAGUCGGAACAAUCAUGACAGAGUGCAUGGCUUUCUGACUCACUUAUACGGUGCAGUGUCAGACAAUCACGUAUGAUAUGUUUCAUAGCCCUGCCAGAACAAAAAACGUCAUGAAGCAGAAUUAAAUGUGGCGUUUUUUUGCUCUCGUCUGUUAAUUUAAAUGAAUGAAUUUUUAGUUUUUUCUGUGCAUUAAUGUGUUUAAACUUGUUUGCCAGCCGGCUGCUAGAGUGAGCAAAAAGAAAAAGACAAUCAUUGGGACCCAUUGUAUCAGAGACCAAUGACUCAGCAAGCAUUCAGUAUUGAGUUCCAGCUCUGCCGUCGUAUUUUGGGGGGGAUCAUUCAGUUUGCCUUAUACGUUUUAAUAGAGUUGCUUCAUUCGGAGGUAUCUUGAAUUAGAAUCUUGACAUCACCAGGAAUGCAGUCAUGAAGCUGCCAACUAAAACGGAAAUUGCUGAGAAAUAUUAGCUCCAAGUCAGUUUACAGGCGCCGCUCGCCCAAACAAAGUUAACAGUUACAAGAGGGUGAGAACUGAGGAGAACUGCAGUGAUUUCAGAUGGAUUAGCUGUUACAUCGAGGUCCUCCCGGGUCCGUCCCGUCUGCGAGAGCUGCAGGGUUGCAUUUCGGCCAAGGUGCUUUGCUCCGUGUUAGGGUUCGAUGCCAGAAACACAAGCUGUGAAUGUCCUCAAUAACGCUGUUCGGUCUGAAUCCGGUCCUCUCCCUCGUUUGCCCUCUUUCUCCCCACCCUCCCUCCUCCCUCUCCGUUCUCUCUCUUUCAACCAUUGUCAUCACAGCUUUUCAUCACGGAGCCAGACGUGCCUUCUUUAUGUUAUUUUUAGCUUUUCAAUUCUCACACUUCUUGUCUGACAGAACGGAUGAUGAAAGGGGGGAAAUACACAAACACAUGAUGGGUUUGACAUUGAUGAUGGCACUGCUAAAAACACACACACACACACACACACACACACUGGAGAUGUAAUCAUAUUUUUUGUGAGUGGUUAUGGGUUUUCUUUCAUUUUUUAUUUUUUGUUCAUUUAUCUCUGAUCGAUUAUCAUUUUGUAUGCUUUGGGGGAAAACCUAUUGUACAUGUUUUACAGAUCAUUGUCUUGUCAAAUAAAAUGUAAACCUAAA